UGGGCAAAUGGAGUGGCGCAGGUCCAGGGGGCCCGGCCCUAUAAAAACACAGGCGAGGGUCUCUUCCCCGACAUUGAUUAUACUGGAUCUGUCCCACCUCAGUACUGUCUAGAGUAACCCCUAAGGGAGAACAGCAGCCAUGAACACUCAACAGAUGGAGCAGAUGGGCCAGUUCAAGAUCACAGUCUGGGAGGAGGAGAACUUCCAGGGAAAGCGCUGUGAGUUCAUGCUGGAGUGCCAGAACAUCAUGGAGAGGGGCUUCAACAAGAUCCGUUCCAUCAAGGUUGAGAAUGGACCCUGGGUGGGUUAUGAGUAUCCAGAGUUCCAGGGACAGCAGUUUAUCCUGGAGAAGGGAGACUACCCUCGCUACGAGGCCUGGAGCGGAAACAGCAGCUACAGAACCGAGCACAUGCUUUCCUUCAGACCCAUCAAGUGCGCUAACCACAGUGACAGCAAGGUGACCAUGUACGAGUGUGAGGACUUCCAGGGCCGUAAGUUUGAGAUGUGCGAUGACUACCCAUCCCUACAGGCCAUGGGAUGGUGCAGCAAGGAGGUGCCCUCUAUCAAAGUCAACUCCGGAGCCUGGGUGGCCUACCAGUUCCCUGGUUACCGUGGCUACCAGUACAUCCUGGAGAGAGACAGACACCAAGGCGAGUACAGAAACUACAAUGAGUACAGCACCCAGGCUCACACCAACCAGGUGCAGUCCAUUCGUAGGAUCCAGCACUAAGUCUCCACUCUGCCUGCCUGACCCAAAAAAACUCUCCCUGAACCCCUUCCUCAACUUGAACCCCUGGACAGACCGCUGUCACAGAACAGUAGACGGACAAACUCUUUCUAUCACUCUGUGGCUCUGCAUGUAUGGAUAUCUAAGUACCUACUUCUUCUACCAUGCUAAAGCAUGUUCUUGAUAUAGGAAAUAAAGGCUUUUCUUCAAAACUAGA